CGCUGGGAGGGCGUGGUGGCGCAGAACGACAAGCGCUGCGCGGCCUACUGGCGGAAGAUCUCGGGCGACGGCAAGGCCCGCAAGGGCGACAAGCAGGUGCCCGCGGAGAAGGAGGAGGUGGAAAAGACCAUCGCGGAGCUGCAGAGCAAGGUCGGGGAACGCAGGAAGAAGCUCCAGAAAUCCCCAGACUAUUUUUGGACAGUGUUUUGGUUUUUUGGGGGGUAUUUUUCAUUUUUCGUCGAAAAUCCCCCUGUAUGGGGGACAGGCCCGACUUAA